ACAAGAUUAACCGUAAUGACAACCUCCUUCUUCUUCUUGUUGUAUUCAUUCAACUCCGAAGAAAACGGCUCUUCUCCCUGUACAUUACUAACCUCACUUUCCCCAUCCUAAUCUCAUCAUCAUUUCUGGCAAUGUGGCGCUCGUCAUUGCUGAGAGUCGCUACGACGACGAUUCUUCGUAAUUACUCUCCGACAUUGUUGAAGGAGCCACCGCGGGCCAUAGGUUUCAGAUUUCUGACAACGUCAUCAUCAUCAGACUCUUCAGGCGGCGGCGGCAAUGAGGCCGGAGGUGGAGACUACAGAAUAUCGGAUGCGGAGGUGAAGAAGCUGGUUAGAUCGGUGAAUGUGGAAGCGUUGAAAGCGAAGCUGCAAGGGACGGCCAUGAGAAAAGAUGUGAUUGAGUAUUCAGAGCUUCUAGAUGCUUGCGAGAGCAUGGGAGUGUCCAGAUCGCACGAUGAAGCGGCUGCGUUCGCUCGAACACUAGAUGAGGCCGGCGUCGUCCUUCUCUUCAGAGAUAAAGUCCACCUUCACCCUCACAAGGUGGUGGAUCCAGUAAGAAAAGCUGUUCCGAUUGAACUGAUAACAAAAUCUGAAGAAGAUCCAAGGAUGCAGGAACUGCAAGAGAAGAAGGAGAAGAUCGACAAAGUGGCGCACAGACAGGUUAGGUAUAUCCUAUUGACAGGUCUGAUGCUAGGAAUCACGCAGGUAGGGUUAUUCUUCCGAUUGACCUUCUGGGAGUACUCCUGGGACGUGAUGGAGCCAAUCGCAUUCUUCACCGCCUCUACAGGGGUAGUAUUGGGAUAUGCCUACUUCCUCGUCACUUCAAGGGACCCUUCCUAUCAGGAUUUCAUGGAGAAGCUUUUCAUAUCCAGGCAGACUAAGCUCAUGAAGAAAUACGAUUUUGACCUCAACGCAUACCACCUAGCCUUACACAAAUCCGCGAUCAAUCCUAAUUUCAAAUCUUAUGGCCUUCAACUUGGAUCGCCAAACGCUGCUGCUGCUGCUGCUUCACGUUGAACACUACCGGCCAUUUUUUUAAUUUAGAUUUUGUAAAAUCUAUUUAAUUCAGACAAAUUUGAUAAUCCAUAAUGGGCAGCCCAAUAAAUGUCCAAGUCUCGGAUCCAGCGCAUUCAGG